AUGACUCCUUGGAAGCGAAGGCUGUCAAAAGAGUUACUUUAUGGUAGUUAUCAAACCCCCCAAGACUUUGCGCAGUGGGGCACUUGGACUCCUGUUACUGAAGGUGCGGCAACUCCUCGGCGGGGGCUGUUAGCCAAAAGUAUACUUACUCGAUUUAGAAGAAGCUCAGGUGACUGUGAGUCACCUGCACCCACCCCUGCUUCAACUCCAGAAACUUUUGACCAUUUGUCUCAUUCUCUUAAACAAAUCUUAGGAUCAGAAAAGGGCCCACAUAUUAAGCCAUAUUCCUUUUCUCAAUGUCAAAACCAGGAUUUCACAGAACUCCUAUCAAAUGAAUGUGCCAUUUGUGAUGAAUCGAUACACAAUAGAUUGGCUCUGGAAUCAAUACGUUUUUUAAAGUGCGGCCAUUCUAUCCACGAACAAUGUUUAAACCUUUUGGUUGAUUAUCAACAUCAAGUUCAAAACACUGGUGAUGUCUCUGAGUUAGCUCUACAUUGUUCUAGUUGCAAUAGCAACAUACCACUUGGUAACCAGGAUGAAACUCUUUUCUUACCUGGAUGGAGAGAAUCGAUGGUUUCUAAUACAAUGACAUUAGAAGUUACAAGAGAAAGUAUGUUGCACCAUAAUAGAGUUGGGGGAGUAGCCCUCGUGCGUUCACCGCUGCCAGAUCUCUCGAUUCACACUACUAUCGCCGAAAUAAUGAAUCCAGACAUCAAGGACUUGUGUACCCGGUUCAUGUUGCGAAAGGCUCCUACGAUGCCAUUGCAUCUUCUAGAAACGCUUGGGGAUAUCAGAAUGGUAGAUAGAUUGGAUAUCUCCGUUAAUGGGAACGAUUAUGCUCCAUGCUCAGUGUUCUUAUUUGCAGACCAUAUAGUUUUCGUUCCGGAUAAACCUUUAGCCGAGUAUCACGUGGUCAGCCUUACUAAUCCUGAUAUUGAUAUCAAUGUAUCUGGGAUCAUAGUUAUUCGUCCUGGUAAUGCUGGAUCAUUAGUAGACGAAGUUUGUCUUGCUUCAGAAAGAAAUGAAGUGAUACAAAAAUGGGUCAUAGGAGUCAUUGAUGGUACGUUGGAGUUCCCUCUUGAGCUUUUCAGUUCAACCAUUAAUUUGGAAACGGUUUCAAUACGCUGA